CUGCUGUCAUGGCUGCCCCCAUGUACCUGUAUCCUCACAUGGGACGCUAGUCCUGCGGGUGUCUUCACGGUACCUGUGGCCACUAGACGCCGGCGACUCUGGUCCCUCCUCCUUUCGCUUCCUCCUGCCCCGUGGGACCCUCGCGGAACCCCUUUUUGGGUACAGUGAUGCCGGGAGGGAUGUGGACGCCGGAGCUGGCGCUUCUGAGAGGCUUCUCCACGGAGGCGGAGCGGCUGUCCUGGAAGCAGGCGGGCAUCUGUGGCUCAGAUGUUGGAGUUUUCUUGGACUUGCUGUUAGAAGGGAGCUAUGAGGCCAUGUUCUUACAUUCAGUGACCCAAAAUAUUUUAAAUUCAACAACGGUGGCUGAAGAAAAGAUUGACAGCUACCUGGAGAAACAGAUAGUAAAUUUCUUGGAUUGCUCGAUGGAUCUGGAAGAAAUUGAAAGACAGCAGCUGGUAUUCCUACUUGGUGUGAGCAGCCUGCAGCUUUUUGUUCAGAGUAACUGGACUGGGCCUCUUGUGGACUUGCACACUCAGGAUUUCUUGCCACCUGUUCUGUUUGAACAGUUUAGUGAGGUCAAAGGACUGGAUGCUGUUAUUCUGGGCCUGCUCAUUCUAGAUGGUGAAUCUGUCUACAGCCUGACCUCAAAGCCCAUACUGCUGUUAAUAGCACACAUUAUCCUAGUGAACGUCAGACAUAAGUUAACAGCUCUCCAGAGCUUGCCGUGGUGGACUCUGAGAUAUGUGAAUAUUCACCAACAGUUGCUUGAGGAGCGUUCGCCUCAGCUUUUCGCUCUUGCUGAAAACUGUAUUGAUCAAGUGAUGAAACUAGAGAAUUUAUUUGAAGGUGAUUCAGGUCGACUUUUAGCUAUUCAAUUCCAUCUGGAAAGUGCAUAUGUAUUUUUGUAUUAUUAUGAAUAUAAAGAAGCAAAAGACCGAUUCAGUACUGCUAAAGACAUGAGCAAGUUACAGGUUAAUCUGACAGGAGCAUUGGGAAAAAGGACACGAUUCCAGGAAAAUUAUGUGGCACAGCUGAUUCUAGACGUCAGAAGAGAAGAGGACGUCCCUUCUAGUCAUGAGUUCAGCCCAACACCCACCCCCCAGGAAUACCUUACCAAGAAUCUUGAGCUCAACGAUGAUACUGUUCUGAAUGAAAUAAAGUUAGCAGACAGUGAGCAGUUUCAGAUGCCUGACCUGUGUGCUGAAGAGCUUGCUGUCAUCCUUGGAGUCUGCACAAAUUUCCAGAAGAACAACCCAGUUCACAAGCUGACGGAGGAGGAGCUACUGGCUUUCACAUCUUGUUUACUGUCACAGCCAAAGUUCUGGGCCAUUCAGACAUCAGCCUUGAUCCUCCGGACAAAGCUCGAGCGGGGAAGCACACGGCGAGUGGAACGGGCAAUGAGGCAGACACAGGCUCUUGCAGACCAAUUUGAAGACAAAACUACAUCUGUACUGGAACGUCUGAAGAUUUUCUAUUGCUGUCAGGUACCUCCUCAUUGGGCUAUUCAGCGCCAGCUUGCAGGUUUGCUCUUUGAGUUGGGAUGUACCACUUCAGCCCUUCAGAUAUUUGAGAAGCUGGAGAUGUGGGAAGACGUGGUCAUCUGUUAUGAAAGGACUGGGCAGCAUGGGAAGGCAGAAGAAAUCCUUAGGCGAGAACUGGAGAAAAAGGAAACACCGAGUUUAUACUGCUUGCUUGGAGAUGUCCUGCAAGACCACUCCUGCUACGACAAGGCCUGGGAGCUGUCACGACACCGAAGUGCUCGUGCCCAGCGCUCCAAAGCCCUCCUCCACCUUCGGAACAAGGAGUUUCGGGAAUGUGUGGAGUGCUUUGAACGCUCAGUGAAGAUCAAUCCCAUGCAGCUUGGAGUCUGGUUUUCUCUAGGCUGUGCCUACUUGGCCUUGGAAGAUUACAUGGGCUCAGCGAAGGCGUUUCAGCGGUGCGUGACCCUAGAGCCUGAUAACGCUGAGGCUUGGAACAAUUUAUCCACUUCUUAUAUUCGAUUAAAACAAAAAGUCAAAGCUUUUAGAACUUUACAAGAAGCUCUCAAAUGUAACUAUGAACACUGGCAAAUCUGGGAAAACUAUAUUCUCACUAGCACAGACGUUGGGGAGUUUGCAGAAGCCAUUAAAGCUUACCACCGGCUCCUGGACCUACGAGACAAAUACAAAGAUGUUCAGGUCCUUAAAAUUCUGGUCAGGGCAGUGGUUAAUGGUCUGGCCGAUCGAAGUGGAGACGUUGCCUCCAGCCUCAAAGGCAAGCUGCAGGAGUUGUUUGGCAGAGUGACCUCAAGAGUGACCAGUGAUGGAGAAAUCUGGAGACUGUAUGCCCAGGUUCAUGGAAACGGGCAGAGUGGCAAGCCUGAAGAGAACGAGAAGGCAUUCCAGUGUCUCUUGAAGGCAUACAAGUGUGAUACACAGACCAGUUGUUGGGAGAAAGAUGUUACAGCGUUUAAGGAAGUUGUUCAGAGAGCCACAGGACUCGCACAUGUGGCUAUAAAGUGCAGUGAGAGCAAGUCCAGCCCCCAGGAAGCUGUGCAGGCCCUGUCUUCAGUUCGGCUCAGCUUACGGGGUUUGUUAUCCAAAGCGAAGCAAAAUUUUACAGAUGCGGCAAGUGGAGAAGUCUCUGGAGAGCUCACCAACGAAAUGGCAGCUCUGAAUGCUCUGGAGGCUGAACUGCAGGACCUCAGCAACCAGCUCCGGAACCGGUACUGACUGUGCCAGGGACAGCUGCGCAAAGGCACCUUUGCCUUCUCGGAUUCCUCAGUACCUGAGUAUCUGAAACACAAGAUGCUGAUUUUUAAAAUAAAUUUGUUUGCUGGCAAACAGGCUUA